CUGCGAACGGUCAUCAACCCGUCACUGCAUUUUCACCCUCCAGACGUGCCUCACUUCGAUCACGACGCGACUUUCUUUGUUGUCUCGCGGGGCAAUCAACCUACGUCUGUAUUCACCACCGAAUCCCCAUUUUCACAUGACCUGUGUCCUCGAAUUGUUCGACAUAUAAGAGACACCUCUCGACCACGCCUUACAUAGAAUCACUUUGACCUACGCUUAAACCAUCACGUUUGCCUUCACCCCCACAGCCAACAUGCCUGACGAACAUGAUGUCAAAGAUGAACACAAAGACAGCCAUGAAGAUGGUGGUGAGGAAGAAGAAGAGAUUGCCGCCAUGAAGAGGCGCGUCGCCGAGAUGGAGUCGGAAGCUGCUAAACUGCGCGAGAUGCAAAGUCACCUCGAACAAUCCUCAGAGAAUAUCCCCCGAGAAGACAGGGAAGAUGUGGACGCACGCAGCAUCUUUGUCGGCAAUGUGGACUACGGCGCAACUCCUGAAGAGAUCCAAGCACACUUCGCCAGCGGCCCAGGAUCGAUAAACAGAGUCACCAUCCUCCUGGACAAGUUUACUGGUCAUCCAAAGGGGUAUGCAUAUGUGGAAUUCUCGGAUCCAGGGCUGGUGGCUCAAGCAUUGGUGCUGAAUGAAAGCGUCUUCCGUGGCCGUAACCUCAAGGUCGUGCCAAAGCGUACAAACCUUCCGGGUAUGACUCGAGGCAGAGGAAGAGGAGGCCCCGCGCGUGGUGCUCGAGGGUCAUUUGGCGGACGAGGCGGCUUCGGUGGAGGCUAUGGGGGAUUCGCUGGCGGUGGCUAUGGUGCUCCACGAGGCGCCCCUCGAGGCGGCUUCAGAGGGCGUGGCCGUGGAUAUGCACCGUACUAAGAGAAGAUUGAGAAAAACUCUUGUUUCGGCUUCCACCAACUUGUCCACGACGAGGCACGCGACACUGUUCAGGGCCAAAGAGUUCACGGCCGAGACAACAAGGAAUGCUAGCAGCAUUGGCGCUGAGCUUUUCCAGCAUAUUGGGGCCCAGCAUUGGGUCAACUGCGACCUACCACAUUUUUCAAGUGGCACGCUGGAAUUAAUGGCUCAUCAAUACUUGGGCUUCUCAAAUCAAUAUUGGAAGGGGACUUGGGGCCUGAAGGCUUUUGUAAGAUUUAUGGAAUCAACAUGGGCUGAGAUCCAAGGACGUCACUGCAACUGCGACCAAAUCUCUCUACAGUUGAGACAAUACGCAGAUUAAUAAUGGCAUGAGGAUUUGGUCCUGAUGAGCGGGAUCUUUCCUUGCCCUAAGAUUCAGCGUGUGUUGUUGGACUUAUAAAACUGCCCGGUGCUCGAGUUUUCGACGGCGG